AAAAUAAGUCUAGAUACAUUCAUCUCUAGGACAAGUAUUUCCGGACGGAGGUAGUACAUGAUUUGAGCUGAAUCUCUUCUGGAUUCAGCAUAGGAGAAGUAAUUCUAGUAGUGAUGGAUGAACCUUGGCAGCUCUAUAUGUCUAUAUGCGUGCUAAAUCAUUUAAUUGUCUUAAUUCUAUAUAUAGUACUGCUGUCUGCUGGUUGGUUGGUUGGUUCUCUUCCUUUUUUUUCUUACCACGGUGACUUGGUAAAGUUCAGAAGGCUUAAAGUUGGCUGCACAGGCGCUCCACAAUGAGCAGUGGACUUGCUAGCUUUGCCAUUCGUUGAAGAACAUCCAAGUGAAGUGGCUCCUUCUCUUGCCUGCUCUGCUCUUCUACUCAUGGUCUUGCAGCAGGGUGCGGGCGAGGAUGACGAGACCACCCCACUCUCCGGCGACCGGCCCUUCUUCACCGUCGUCAUGUGCAAGACCCAUGUCCAGAAGCCCUAUCUGCUGAUCAUCCCGACUCACUUCCAGCGCCGGCUGCCUGCAAGGCGCACGGCGGUGGUGCUCCGGUGCCGUGGGAGCUCGUGGAUCAUGAGCUACUCUGGCCACACCAAGCUGAAGAACCUCGCCGCGGGCUGGGCGGACUUUGCCAUCGACAAUCGGCUGCAGGUCGGAGAUGGGUGCGUGUUCGAGCUGUUGUCCGGGGAUGCUAGAGAUGGCGGUGAGGGGGAGGUGGUGCUGGAGGUGCAGGUGCUUCGAGGUCACCUGCCGGAGCCGGAGGAUCUCACCACCAAAGGAGAAAGUGCCGACGAGCCCAUGGCCAACUAUCAUUGUUAGCGAGAGCUAGGCUUCACUUGUUGCUGGUGCAGUGCAAGUCGAUUAAAUGUCUUCUUGUAAGCCAUCGGCCAGCAUAUGAUUGCGUUGCUGGUGUCUUCUUGUAAUUUAGUCAUCGUUCCUAAUUUCUACACGCGGAUAGUCUUUUAGCUCAAGGCGAGCGCCAUGCAUAAACACUUCAUCAAUUCCACUCUCCUCCGUCAUUUCUUUCUGAUGGCCGCAUGUGCGCACCACAAUACUCUAUUUAUGAAAGUUUUUCCGUGCAAAAUUAUCUAGGAGUA